AUGCGUCGCAUUGACUUAAGCGACUGUGUCACCAUGGCCACCCCGCCGUUGUCACCAGAGCAAAAAAGAACUGGUGGAAAGAAAUGCAGGGUUGCAAGAAGGACGGCCGGUGACGUGGAAUUGUUUACGAAGGCUGCCCGCCUAGUUCUUAAGGUCGAGUACGUUCAAAACUGGGCGUACAAAUACACGACGAGGACGAUGGAAUAA